AUGAAAAUUUUCUACAAGUUGGCUGUCCCAGUGGUUGCGUUCUCCUCCUUCACAUUGCCAAACGUUAUGUUAACGCAUAACUCGGGUGUCCUAAAUGGGAGCGCAUCGCUACAACGGGGAGUGGAAGCCUACCAAAGAGGGCUAGGAGAACCCUCAUUUCUAGAAAACGACUACAUUACGCAAGUCACUCUACAGGAUUAUCACGCACAUGAUAAUAAACCAAUCACGAAAGUACGCUGUAUAACGCAGGAUGAGUACCGCUGCCUAUUGACAGAAAUACAAGUUUUAAAAAAAAUAAUUUCAUCUAAGAAGUACAAUUUAUUCAUAAGCAGUGGUGACAUGGAGACACUCCUCAGAGGCUACAACAAUGUACACAGCGCCACCUACAACAAAUUGAUUAACAAAUUAUUUGCGAAGCUUAAUGAGGUAGCUUCAGGAAAUGCAAUCAAAGAGAGGGAUAAAAUAAAGCUAUGGAGAGAAUGUAAGGACAGUAUUGCGAAAGAGUUUAACGAAAUAAAUGACCACUACAAAAGGAUGUGCGAUUCUUAUAUGGUAAAAAAUAGAGCCAUGAACAUUGGCUUUAAGAAGAUUUUAUAUAAAUAUGUUAAGUCAUGGGAAGAGGCUAUACGGCGGAAUGAGAAAAAGUGGGGUGAUAUUUUUUUGCAGAGGACGCGAAAGGGAAAGGCAGCGUUUUACUAA